AUGCAUACGUGGCUGCAAGUGUGCAUCGGUGACACAGACAAACAAAGGUUCGGUUAGUGCAGUAGGUGUACGUGAGUCAUGUUCAUCUUUAACCACUUGUUGCUUGUUUCAUCUUUGGUGCCGCUGGCACUGAGCUACUCUUUCUACCCACCAACAUGCUACACCAAGGUGCUGAGCAUGGCACGAGAGCUCACCCAGUGGGCUGCAGAUUUAAAGAGGGACCCUGAAACUAGUUACUGCAUGGGACACAUGCCGGAGCUCUAUCUUGAUAUCCAUAAUGCCUGUGUGAUGUACAAAAUGAGGACCUACAUCUCCCUGGUGGAAGGCCUGCGAGAUCGCCGCUGCGCUUACACCAGAGAAGUGAGAAAGCUGGGUGUCACUCUGAGACAGCUCUUCAUCUUCAUGUCGGAGAAAUGUCACGGGGACUUGGUGUUCACAAUCUAUGACUGUGCUGCGCUGGAGCGCUAUCCUGGAUUCUGAGAUGACAUAUAUAUAACUAUCUGAUGGCAAUACAGUCCUUCUAUGUGCAUUAAUCGAACAUGUGCAAUAGCCGGAAGAAACAAGACUGAUGUAAAGUUUAAAUCUACGCUAACUAGGGCUUGUGUUACUAAAAAUCUACUUUAAUCGUCUGUCUUUUCUGACUAUAAUGAGGUUUAUUGUCACUAAUUAUCACAUCUUAUGGAAUCUGACUAAGUAUACAUUUCAUGUAAUAAACUUUA